GGCGCGCCCGACUUAAAGCAACGCGUUGUCCAGUGUUGAUGUGUCGCAGAUUUUAAAAAGUGAGAGAGACAGACAGCUGGAGUUUGGUGCGCAGAGCCUCAGCGCAUAAAACAAGUGUAGAGUCCCGGAGCGGAUAGCGGUGGCGGACAUACUUUGAGCCUCUUCCCGCUGCUCUUUAGCUGUUUUGGAUUUCAGUUCCUCAAGAAAACAACAUAGACCCAGUUUGCGUCCUGUUCGGUGCGUGCUGAGCUGCGCGCGGCGAUGGAGCUGUCAUCAAUAGGAGACCAAGUGUUUGCAGUUGAAUCAAUAACUAAGAAGAGAGUCCGGAAGGGUAAUGUGGAGUACCUACUGAAAUGGCAGGGUUGGCCCCAAAAGUACAGUACUUGGGAGCCGGAGGACAAUAUUUUGGACCCACGUCUGGUCUUGGCCUACGAAGAGAAUCAGGAGAAGCUCAGAGCUCUGGCCUAUCGCAGGAAAGGUCUCCGACCGAGGAGGCUCGUCCUGCGGAAUAUCUUUGCAAUGGACCUCCGCAGCGCCAACAAGAUCUCGGAGAAACCCCCUCCUCGGCUGCGCCUCUCUCUCACCCGCUCCAUGAGCACCGACGUAGACCACGGUGAGAGGGGGAGCAUGUACCACCGCCAGGUCAGGAGGAAGGCUAAGCAGAGGGUGUCCAAACGGAGGCCUGAGGGGACCUCCAAUAAAAUAAUACGUCCUGUGAGGAAGAAGGAGGAGGAGGAGGUGAUGGAGGAGGACUGGGAAGGCAUCAGUGAGGAGGAGAAGCAGGAGUCUGAGUGCACCACUGAGGACAGAUGUGAAGGCAGUUUAUACGGUCAGUCAGAAUGCAGUUCCCCUCCCUUACUGGAGCGACAAGACUUGGAGAUGGAGCUAGAGGAGAGGGUGGAUGUCAAACUGACAGCGGCUAGCACAGACACACGGGCCACACCUGAGAGACAAGGUGGAGGGACAUUUGAAACAACAAAUAAUAAAACUCUUGCAAGUGACCAAUCAAAGGACAGCUCUUCUGCUGCACCUGAGGCUGUAACAGGAGAUGCGGUUACCGCGGGCGACAGCUCAGGUGUGGGCAGAGGUGAGGAGGGCGUGGAGGUAGAGCCGGAGCAUCUCAGUGAAUGUCAGAGCAACAAGAUGACCUCAGUCAUAGUGAGUGUUCAGGGGAGCAGUGAGGCAGAGGAUGAUGAUGAUGAUGCUGCUGCAGAGGCGAGGGGAGAGGAAGUGAGUGGUGACAAUCAACCUGUUCCCACAACAACACAACACCCUGGCAGUCAGACUGCUGCCGGUGCAACAGAGAAUCCCAGGAAGGUGAUUGUGACAGAAGUGACCAUCAACUCCCUGACAGUGACGUUUAAAGAAGCCACAGUGGCCGAAGGCUUCUUUAAAGGUUAUUGAAUGAAGAAACAGAGAGAAAGGAGAUGAGAAUAACCAUAAUAAGACUUACCACUCAUUUUUACUGUAAAUAGUUGUGUAUGUAAGAUAAUUCCACAUGUUUACAAAGCUACACUCAUUUCCUACUGGGUUCAAUGAAGACAUUAUUGCCUUUGAAUAAAAAAUGAGUGGUAAUUUUAUCAUUGUGGCUCAUUUAUUAGGUGUGAUAGGACGCCCAGGGCCCCAGAAAUGUGCUAAAACAGGCUCCAUUUUUGGGGCUGCUGGGUUUUACUGAGAGCAUGAGGCAGAUGGUGAGACAGCAGUUGAAACAUUAUUACUUCCAUGCAGCUAUUUUUUUCCAGCCGUCCUCGGUGCUUUCCAGCAAGACAUUGGUCUCACUCAGAUCUGUACCGGGGCCUGUUUCAGUCGCUCCUCUUUCUUACGAAUAAUGUUUUGUAAAAAAAAAAUUGCUUUUUUUUUUUUUCUUCUUUUCCAGUAUUCGCACAGAGCUAACCGCAUGCCCUGUCAGUCUGUGCCACAUAAUGCACAAAGCCCUGUCCUGUGCUUUAUUGAAGAGGUUUAUUUCUGUCACAAAAGAAAUGAAACAAAGGAAAGAAUUAAUGCCUGACGCUUAGAUGAAGUUCUGCAUUUCAAGGAGGAUGGAUGCACUAAAGAAGUACACAGUUGUGUUUGCCGUCCGUCUGUCGCUUUACUUUUCAAGUAUGAAAUGCUACCUGGUUCUAUUUUUGUAUUACCAAUUGAUAGUCCACUCUUUUCUCUAGCCUUUGUGCAUUUCAAAAGAGCAGAUAUCAUCUUACACUGCCGCUGUUGAUGCUGUGUAGGGUAAUGUACAAAUGGAAGCAUACUGUGUGUACGUUAGGUCAGACAGUAGUGAGCUAUUAUUUAUUGCAUGUCAUAUGAUAAGCUAUGAGCUUAACUAACUUAUGUCACUUCUGUGUCUGAAGCUGUCUUUCUCUGACAAACAUGUUUUGUCAAAAAUGUCUUCUCUUGGAAAACAAAUUUUUAUUUUGACUGCAUUUCCAUUAAAUAUGUAGUAAAACUGC